AUGGCCAUCGAUUCUGUUGGACUGAUCUGUCACCUGCCCAAGGAUGUCAACAUAGCGAUGAAAUGGUCCGCCUUUCUCGCAACAAAGCAAAGAUGCAUCCAUAUGCACAAUUUCCGCCGAGUGUUAUUACGCGCAUCCAAAGUAUGUCUAUCUCGUCCCGGGUUCUUUCUCGCCCAAACGAAUCGCAAUGCAAAUUCUCAGCAGACCACAGAUACACAGGUCAAAUAUGCCCCCCUCGCCGAACUCGCACCUCUGUCUAGCAACACCCUCAUUGCAUCGACUUAUGAUACACUUCUUGCUCCUCUCCUGACCCUUUUCACGGAUACCUUGUCAUCUCGUGCGAGUCUUGGUGCUAUUCCAACUUACUAUCGAAGAUAUUUGAUCGCUGCACGACACCUGACUUAUAAGAAUGCUGCUGACAGUGUUUCGGAUGGCUUAGAGAACUUUGUGGUAUUUAAAUUGCAGAUCAAUCAGUGCUUCAGCAUCCAAUCACCAAUGCACUGUAAGCUAAGAAAGUGGAGCUGGGCAAAUGUCCAGUUUCAACUCGUCUUUUUAAAGGUUAGCACCCAGGUCAGUGCAGAUGCUCAGGACGACAAGGGCAGGGUAGACUAUUAUGCUGUUGCACAUCGCAUUUCGGAGGUCUCGAAGCAGCCUGUCGAUGGUCAGUCGUUACAACAAGGUAUCCUUGCAGAUGAGAUGGGUCUCGGAAAAACAAUAUGUUCAAAUCUCGCUGCUCACAUUCCUCAUCGAGGUCAAGAGACAACCCGGGCCUUAUCUUAUCAUCGUGCCACUGUCAACGAUGACGAGCUGGUUCGGCGAAUUUGCAAAGUGGGCGCCGAUGGUGAAGAUGAAAGGGCAACCCCACACAACGUCGCGACCUCCAAGGCGAACUGCAGAUGGGUCAGUUCCAAGUUCUGCUCACCACAUAUGAGUACAUCAUCAAGGACCGAAUUUCUCAGCAAGCUCAAAUGGGUGCACAUGAUCAUCGGUGCGUGGGUUUGA